CAGGACACCGGAGACUGAGCUUCACACACAGCACCACACAGACACACUGUGUAUCUCAGCAGGACAGGGGACAGGAGCGGAGGACAGGUGGAGGACUUGGAACUGCAGAAACUUCCAGACCCAUCCUGUGUAUCAGGGAGACCACCCUUUGAUCUCCUGCCCUCAAUCGUCAGUCCACCAUGGGUCACAGAUUCAGCAAAUCCACCUCGAACCCCGAACAGAACUCCAGCUUCUUCUCCUCUUUGAAGCGCAGCUCCUCCAGCCGACCCAACCUCGAUCAGAACACACAUCUUCGACCAAGCAUCUUCGCCACCCUCAGGAGGUCCCCUGUCGCCAAGCCCAACGAUUUCAUACCUCUAUUCAACGACUGCAUCUCUGCCGCCUCGUCCAGAGCCCAGGAGUACCUCCUCUUCAAGGACCCAGAGGACAAGUUCCACCCGAGCCCUGAGGUGCUCACUCAGGUCUUCCUGAUGACCUACAUCUCCCAAAGUGUCUGCCUCAACAUAACAGACACCUUCAACUGCACGGCCAUGACACCAGAACAGCGCAUCCUCCUCGGGGCUGACUGGGUCUGGGCCGUGUUGGACAAGCCCACCAAGAAUCCUCGGAUCCAGAUCGCCGUGCAGGUUCUACACUUGCUGGAGAAAGAGGAUGCUGAGGAGAAUGGCAACCAAGAGAACUGCAGCGAGUCCGUCCAGAUGGCCCAGAAAGAGUCAGGCAACAAGACCUCAUACGAAAGGUUGGUGGACUUCUGCGCCUCCAUUGGCAAGGACUGCUACGCCCUCUUCUUGUUCUUUGGGAAGAAAAAUGACAAGGAGAACAUCUAUGGUGUCCUCAGCAACAACUUUGAGGCAGCCAUCGGGAAGUGCGACAAGAUUGACAGACCGUUGAUUGAGAACUUCUUCAAAGGUUCGAGGUAUCUUCAUACACCGUCAGGAAUGAUGCAGGCUAUUGUCACUAAGAGAGAGGGGGACACUCUCACUCUCAUGAUUAAAUUCAGCUAAACCAAAGAGACUCAGAAUAUCAAAUAUCGCCAAUAACACAAUACAAGACCACAGUAAUAUACUAUGUUGUAUGACAGCUAUUGAUGCAUCUCUCGAUAAACAACGUCCAGUCUCACUAAAAUGUUGAGUUUGAUAAAGUUGAAAAGUUUGAAAAGAAAAUUCUGGUCAUUUUAAAAUUACACCAGUUGUGGAUGGUGCAUCUUAAAAGUAUGUCAGUUCACAUGUAGAGUUUCCUGCUGUUUAUUCUCUCCUGUUUUCUAAUAGCUUGAGGCAGAAACUUAUUAAAACACAGUCUUUAAACACAACGGCAAACAUACUGCAGUUAAAUUCAGUUAUAUUCAAUUAGUGUGCUAAAAUAACAUGAUGCUCAAGAGGGUGACCCUGAAUCUCACAUAGCUAAAUGGAAUUCAGCCAUCACUCAUUUUAUGAUUUUAAACCGUGCAUCUGUGCUGCUCCUGUAUCAGAACAUCUACAGUGAAAAGGUUUGUUAUCACAGCAGAUGUUCUGAUUUCUCAGACACAGGUGUAACUAAUAAUCAUGAUGACAUUUUUUACUUCAAGGUUCUAACCAUUGUUUAUUCAGUUUUACUGCAGUGACUUACUGCUAAACGGAACAGAGUCAUCAUUAAUGUUAUUAGUAACACCACUGCAUUUCCUGCUCUGACAGGUCAAAGUAUGAGAAAACCUUAUUAGGGGCCACUUACAGCAAAACUUUACUCUUGUAAAAAAAAAAAAAAAAAAAAAGGAAAAGAAGUGUACACACCACUGUGCUGUGAAUAACAAUGAGUAAAUGUUACAGGAUUAGAUGUGUGCGUGCAGAAGCAAAAC